ACAAAACACUGUCGUAAAGUUUAAAAUUAGCGCUUAGCGUAAAAAUGUAGGUCGACAAAUGUCAAGGAUCGGCACUACCUAUAGGGUCCCACUUCCGGUGCUGUCAAGAUUUUCUGUGCACAACAAUGGCUGUUUGUGUCGCCGUUAUUGGCAAAGAUAAUUCUCCUCUAUACAUUGGAGGAAUUGGAAAUAGCACGAAUACUGAUAAUGAACUAUCUCGACAAUGGCUUGUGCACACAGCUUUAGAUGCGUUAGAGGAACGAUUAGCAUCUACGAACAAUAAUACUACUGGACCAAAUGCCAAUGCAGCACGUACGGAUUUACGGGACUUAUAUUUGGGAUUACUCUAUUCUACUGAUACACACAAAAUAUAUGGUUAUGUCACUAACACCAGAGUAAAACUCGUUCUUGUAACAAGUUCUAUAUCCCCAAGCGGAAGUAACAUUAGAGAUGCCGAAGUAAGAACAGCCUUACGAAGACUCCAUGCUCUCUACGCGGAUGCUAUUUGCAAUCCUUUCCAUUUACCUGGUGAUCAAAUAACUUCAGCGAAAUUCGACAAGCAAGUCAAGAGUUUAAUGUUAAACAAUGUUUAAAAUUUAGACUAAGUUAUGCUUACCUAUUUAAAUAAAUUUUAUGUUAUUUAAGUGUAUUCUAUAGUAUUACUUAUGCAGUAUUUAUGCAUGUUUUCGUUAUAAUAUUGAUGAUUUUCGUCCUGUUUUUAUAAAUGUUAAUUGUCUUGAGGUCAUAAAAAUCUAUUCUUAUGUAGCGAA